GCCCAUCCCCAAGUCCGGCCCUGCACGUACCGCAGACGCCACAGGGGUUGCUAAGCGGCAGUUCACUUCCCCAAGGCAGCGGCCGGGUUUUCCGGGGCCGCCGCUGCCGCCGCCGCCAGGGACUUCCGCAGCUGCUGAAGUUUCUCCGCCGGUGUCCGCGCUGUGGGAGAGACUGAACCCCGCCGAACUCCUAGGGUGGGUCUCCGGGAGGCGACCCGGCGAACGCCCGGUCGGCGGCUCGCUCGUCGGAGGAGACGCCUCCGGCAGGGCGGGGCCGUCGUCAUGGAGACGAGGCGGCCGCGGAGCCAAUGGGGUGCGCCGCCGGGGGGCGGUUUGUCCGCCGCCAUACCGCCGCUGCUCCCGCCGGGGCCGAAGGAGCUGCCGCCGUCGCGGGCCCUUUCUCUGCUGGCCGCGGCGGGCUCCCUGCUGUCCCCCCGGCUUGCUCGCGCAUUCGACCAGGGCGGCGGCGAGCACCGGGGCCGGCAGGCUCGGGGCUCGGGCGUCCCUCGAUGGACUUGCUGCUGCUUGGGGGCUCGGUGGGCGCCUUUCGGCUGCUCAACACCGUCCUGGAGCGCCUGGUGCCGCCGCCGCCGCCCUCCCCGGCGCAGCCCGACCUCUGGAAGUGGCGCAACAUUUGGACGUCGCUCGCCCACAGCCUGCUGAGCGGCUUCUGGGCCCUGCUCGGAUUCUACUACUACCCACCGAUGGGCGAAGACCUCAUCGACCAGUUCUCGCCCUCCGCGCACCGCUUGCUGGGGCUCUCCCUCGGCUAUUUCGUGCAGGACUUCCUGGACAUGAUGUGUAAUCAGAAGCUACGGGAGUGCUGGGAGCUGCUCUUCCAUCACUCGGUGGUGAUUGUUUGCUUUGGCUUUGCCUUCCUGAUUCAUCGCUUUGUGGGCUUCGCCAUGGUGGCCCUGCUGGUGGAGAUCAACUCUGUCUUCCUGCACCUGCGGACAAUCCUGCUGAUGGCCGGCUUGGCCCACACCACCUCCUUCCGCCUCACCAGCCUCGUCAACCUUGGCACCUACCUGGUGUUCCGCAUCAUGAUCUUGGCCUGGAUGACCCGCUGGUUGGUUCUUAACCGGGAGAAUGUCCCGACAGCCCCCUAUGCCAUGGGUGCAGUGGGCAUGGUCGUCAUGCUGUCCAUCAAUAUCAUUCUCUUCUGCCGUUUACUACGCAGCGACUUUCUCCCAUCUCACAAGAAGUAGCAGCGCCUGGCUCCCUUCCAAGCGCCAAGGGAAGGGAGAGCAAGCAGGAGUGCGCAUGCAGGCAGGGGAGGGGUGUAGAGGGGGAUUCCUAAGCUGCCAGCUGCUUGGGAGCCCCUCCGGCUGAGUAACGCAGAGAUGGGAGCGAGGGCAAGGUUUUCGGGAGAGCUCCAUGAAAUAGUGUCGUGGUGCCCAGUUUGGUGGGAGGGCUGGGAGUGAUGGUCACACAGCAAGGGGUCAAGGAUGGGACCUGCUUUGCCCCACCAUGAGGGAGGGGGCUUAUUGAAAUGACUUGGCCCUGUGCAACCUGUGUUCUGAUGUUUACUUCUGGCACACUUCCCUGUGCAAAGCAAGCCUCCUGGGACAGGUGGUCUUAGGUCCACCCCUCCCCCUUCAAACCCCACCCCGAGAUCCUGCCAGGCCAUAGAAGUGUGUGGCAGAGAGACUGUCUCAACUUCCUCUUCCCAAUGCCUACGGCUGAUUGUCUCUGCAGAAUGGAAUUUCUUAAGGAACCUGCCUGUGAUUUUACUGCCCUUCAACUCAGGGUCUGGAUUGCUAACGUUUGUAGGUCAAUGUCACCUGUGCAGGUGCAAGUGGGGUUGGAACAGGCUCCGAGGGCUUGGGAACCAUGGGCGUGAAAAAGUAGCAAGGACUCAGUCACCACCCCUGGGGCUCCGCUAGCAGUUCUGCUGCCACAGCCGUAGGACAGCAAUCCCCCCCGCCCCCGUAGUUUUUACUCCCAAGAAAAGAGUUGCAAGCAAGCCCCACAGUUCUUCCUUCUCUGGGCUAAGGAAGGCAGCGUCCCACACGCAUUCAGGCAUGUUUACUGCUGUCAGCCUCUGUCCCUUCUGGCUUCUCAAACACAGCCAAGGCAAGAUAUUAUUAACCAGACCUGUCCCCGGUGAUUGCCGUCCUGAUGCCACGUGCCACUGCCUUUAACCUACUAAAAGCCCAGAAAUUCUCUCCAAACCUGGGAUUACAGAGCUGUUAUAUGAUUUUUUUUCUUUUUGGAACAAGCCGUACAGAUGUGUGUGCACACAACAACAACAAUAAAGAAUCUUUAGUGAAUGCUAAUCUUUGGCCCUGCCUGGCAGGCAGACAGGCCCUUCUCAGUACGCAGAGGGAAAGUCCUUGACCCUGAAGGUGACUGGGAGAGACAAGUCAGAAGGGAAAGCUGCUGCCCGGGGCUGAAAUAGCCCUAUGGAGUCUGCCACAGCACCAUCCAUGUGAACAGAAUUGGGGCUACACACGGAAGAUUCAACCCCCAAAGGAGAGGUCAUAUAAGGUGUCCCCAGACAGCUGAUCAAACUUGCUUUGCAUCAUUUCUGUAAGCACAGUUAGAUAAAUUUUACAAAGAAACAAUUUGUGAUUUUCUGGGUGAUGGAGGGAAAAGGCCACUCACGGUUUUGGCCCUCAGUCUCAGGUUUCCUGUCCAGUUUCUCUGGGGAGCUGGAAAAGAUUCUAUCUGGAAGACAGGUGAGUUGAUGCCUGUUGGAAUCAGGUGCUGAGCUGAACGAACAGGCUGGGAUAGUCCUCUGGUCCUGUGCUGCCCCCAAAUCUCCGCUUUGUAGCAUUUUUAAAAAAGACUUUUAUCCCUUAUUUUUAUAAAUAAUUCAAGGUGGCAAACAUACCUAAUACUCCUUCCUCCUAUUUUCCCCACAGCAACCCUGUGAGGUGAGUUGGGCUUGGAGGGAGGGACUGUCCCGAAGUCCCCCAGCCAGCUUUCAUACCUAAGGCAGGACUAGAACUCAUAGCCUCCUGGAUUCUAGCCUGGUGCCUUAACCACUAGACCAAACUGGUUCGUUCGUUCAUUUAUUUAUUAUCAAAUUUGUCACUGCCCAUCUCCUCCCACCAGAGGGACUUUGGGUGGUUUACAAUAAUAAUCAGUAAAACAUAC